AUGUCUUUUUUACACCCACGCCGAGCAUCUCUAGAUGAACUUGAGGAUGAAAAGCGAGGGAAGGCUGAAAAUGUGGAGGACUGCUCGAAUAUUACAUGCAUUGACGACAUCCAGGUGUUGGGCCUCGCUCCAGACGACGCUGAAUUUUACCGCAAUUUCGAUACAAAAAAAAAGAAAAGGGUCGAUGUUCGACUAGUUCCGAUGCUUUCCGUGCUCUAUUUGGUUUCACACCUAGAUAGGGCUAAUAUAGGCAACGCUAAAAUUGCUGGACUGACGGAGGAUCUGGGCUUAAGUGGCAUUCAGUACAAUAUCGCACUUAGUCUCUUUUUCAUCCCAUACGUCCUUCUUGGUGAGUCAAAGCCCGGAACAUUCCUCUCAACGGAUCUACAGGCUAACUUGGAACCAGAGGUACCAAGUAAUAUACUGCUCAAGACUUUCACUCGGCCUUCCCAUUACUUGGGCAUUUUGACCGUCAGUUGGGGAAUCAUUAUGACCUUGACCGGUGUUGUACAAAAUUUUGGAGGUCUACUAGCUGUGCGAAUCCUGCUGGGAAUAUUUGAGGCUGGAUUCUUUCCCGGUGCGGUCUACUUAUGUUCGCUGUGGUAUAUGCCGAGGGAUCUCGCGACCCGCAUAUCGUUGUUUUAUUGUGCAAGCGCUUUGUCUGGUGCAUUUUCUGGUCUUCUCGCGGCGGGAAUCGCCAAGAUGGACGGGGUUGGUGGCUAUGAAGGAUGGAGGUGGAUAUUCUUGCUCGAGGGAUUACUAACAGUAAUCCUGGGUGUGUUAUGCUUUUUCUUCCUUAUUGAUUCCCCCAACCUAUCCGGAAAAUGGCUUGAUAAUGAUGAGAUUCGCUACCUGGAAUUACAGCACUUCAUCAAGGAAGGCGGGAAGUUCAAGGAAGAACAGAAGAGAACUUCGUGGGGAGAUAUCCGAGCUGUAAUGUUGAACUGGCGAAUGAACAAAAUUUACACUCCCUACCAUCACGAAAGGAAUGGGAUUCGAAGGCACAAAUGCACAACUUAUGACAGUUCCUCCCUACGUUGCUGGUGCCAUAUCCGCAGUCUUUUUUCAACAUUGUCCGACCGAUUUUACUGGCGUAUGCCAUUUGUUGUAGUUCCGCUACUCCUCAUCGUUACCGGCUACUCUAUCAUUAUGGGCCUUAAGGGUCAACUUCAAGCUCACAUUGGGCCAGGCUUCUUCGCAAUCAUUCUGACCUGUAUGGGUAUUUACCCAACUCACCCUGCGACAACUUCGUGGACAAUGAACAAUUUGGCACCAUCCAAUCGCCGUGCUAUCGGAAGCGCAUUCAACAUAUGUGUCGGCAACAUAGGAGGGAUAAUUGGAAGUUACAUGUAUCUUGAUCGCGAGGGCCCCACCUAUCCUACUGGCUUUGGCUUAUCGUUGGCCUUUGGCGGGUCAGCUCUUGUGGCAGCAUUGAUUCUUGAAGUCUCGUUCGUUUAUGCCAAUAAACGCAACGGGAUGAUGACCGAGUCCGAAAUACGGGACACAUACAGCGACGAACAGCUUCUGGACAUGGGAGACAAGUCCCCACUUUUCAAGUAUACCCUGUGA